AAUCCCAUUGCCCCACGUUCCCUGCAGACUGGCAGUUCUCCCGUGCUCUGGCACCUCAACGUGCAAGAUGUUAGAUCGUGUUGACUCAAAGGAAACCCUUUUGAGAGACAAAAACUAAAAGGGCAGAACUGACUGGUUUGUGUUCAGCGUACGCGCGUCCGGGUUUGGAAAGGGAGGGCGGAGAUCGCCGCUGGGUUGCCGGAAUUAGGUCAGAAAUUGGCGAACGCCCGGGCCCGGGGGAGGCACUGGUGGUGUUGAGAAGAUGUCCAGUGAAGUGAAGCAGAGGAAGAAGAACGUGGCCGGUGGCAAGCAGAGCGACGGUCCGAGGGAGCAGCCUGCGAGAGGGAAGGUGUCGGAGGGCCCUGUGAGGAAUGCGCUGUGUUUGCUGUCGCUGCUCGCCAGCGCGGCCAUGGCGGGGCUCAUGUUCCAGCAGUCAGCUAAGUUUGCUGAUGUGGAACAAAAGUACCAGCAGCUGUACAUGAAAUCUGUAGCUGCCCAGGCCCUGGAAGAUGAAAUUAACAAAGUUUCAAAAAAGCUGGAAUCAUCUGAAGACGUCCUGCAGAAAGCACUAUCAUCCAGCUCAGUCAUGACCCUCUUCGAACAGGAGAUGUCAGAACUCCGCAGCAGUAUGACUAGUCUACAGAAUAAAGAACAGAUGAUAGCAAGAAAAAUGCAACAUGUCAAUGAAAAUUUUCAAAAUAUUUCAGACACUUGGAAACAAAGCUUAAAUGAAAUAAACACUGAAAUUGCCAACUUGAAGUCAGAGUCAAAGAGCAUGCAUAACAAAAUUUCAUCAGAAAUUAAUACAGUUGAACAAGGUGUGAAGGAUCUCACCAAAAAGAUCGAAGAUUUAGAAGGGAGUACUAUGAGAAACACAAAGGCAAUUGAGCGGCAAGAGGAAGAUGAUUUGAGUGGCCUUGAGAAGCAAGCGAACUGGAAUAUGAAAACUAUUGAGAAAUUAGCUGAACAACAGAUCGGUUUGAUUUCAAAGGAUAAAGAAUUAGGAGAAAAACUCUCUGAUUAUGAACCUAAACUUAAAGAAUGUCAAGAACAACUUCCCAUAAUUGAUAAUGGUGUCCACUCUGUUCUUAAGAUAUCCAGUGACCUCCUUAGCACUGAAAAGAAAAUAGAUGACAUGACAGUCCAGAUAUUAAAUUUGGAGGACAACAUGCUGAAAGUCGUAACUGAGAUAUUGGACAUUAAAAAAGAGCUGGAAAUGUUAUUGUCUGAUGGUCAGUUUAAAAGUCAAUAAAUUAUCUAGAUGCCAUGAAAGCUGUGUGAUGGGAUAUCAUUGAACAAGAAGGAGGAGGAGAAGAGUCCAUGGCUUUUUACAAUUAAAGUCACUGCAUCAGUAAACGGUGCACACAAAUGCAAUUAAUGGCACUCUUUUGAUGCAUUCUAGCUUUGCUUUUGGGACAGGAAAUUUCCAUUGCUGCAAAUGUAGUGACAUCAAGUGUAGUUCGUUGGACUUAACUGCCGGUAAAAGAAAUCACCAGACAUACCUCAUUGGAAAUGAUACAACCCAAAAGAUUGCCUUGGAAAUAAUGCUGAACUUUGUUGAAAGACAUUACAGAUGUUGAAAAUUAGAGUAAAAGCUAUGGGAAGUGUAUAAUUUAUAACUUUUAAAAUAAAUCAUCAUGUUUGCUUUCUGACAUCGUUCACAGAUUAAACACGUUAAUUUUAUGUCAGUGAUAAUAUCUAAUGAGUGAAACAUUGGCAGCAAUUUGAAGGAAAUGUGUUUGUUGUGACGAGCAAUCUGUGUUGUGCAAUCUGCAACCAUGUGUUUUUCGGAAUAUAAAUACAAUAUAGUGAAUGGUGAGGAGUAGCUUUAGUUAAGAAGCUAUGAAGCAAAACUUUAAAAUUUCAGUAGAAAGGCAGGUGAUAGGCACAAAGUAAACUUAGCUCUUCAGGGACUGAAGCUGGCAUUCCAGACUUUUAAAAUUCUCAGACGUCAGCUACUUCCAGGUCUAACCCUGUUUGUGUCUUUGGAGAGACUGCCAAGUAACAGGCCAUGUUAUCUUUGUCCAGUUUGGGAAGGGAAGUGGGUCCCAGAGAUGGGAGCUCAAUCCACUGCUGGCCAUGUCAAGGAAGGCUGGCAGAUCCCAUAGUGUGACCAGUGGAAGCACUGCUGAGGCUAUGAAGAAGGCACUCUCUGUAAAUGCCACCAGCACCAAGGAAGCAGUUGAGAACAUGUGACGCAUAGCAUUGGAGACAUCUGCCUUCACAAAUUCCAUGCUGGAUAACAGGGUUGAAAGAUGAGCAUAUAACACACUUGCCACUUUCUGCCAAAUCAAUUAAAUUUAAUAUACGCAAUAUAGUCUGCACCCCACUUUGUGGGGGUGCAGAUGCAGUGGAGAGGGGGGUCUGGACAAUGUGGAAAGACUACAAUUUGCAUGUUAAAUGUCAGUUAAUUGAAGUAAAUAUCUCUGCUACCAGUGUGCUCCUAUUGUACUUCAGAAGGAAAAGUACGAGGAGUAUGGGGAAACAGCAGGUGGCUACUUUAAAGUUCCAAGUCUGUUACUCACUCACCCCACCCCCACACCCUAUCAUGAAUUCUCCUUCCAUGGUCUUGGAAAAAUACUGGCCUAAAUCUGCUGUGUAUGGUACAUGUUGGGGAAACAUUCGUAGACAUCUUUAACCUCUCUUUACUACAGUUUGAAGUCCCCAUCUGCUUCAAGAAGACCACUAUCAUCUGGGUGCCAAAGAAAAAUCAUGCAGUCUGUCUCAAUGACAACUGCCCGGUGACUCUGACCUCCAUAAUUAUGAGGUGCUUUGAGAGGCUAGUCAUUGAUCACGUUAACUCCAGCCUAUCAGAUUGACUUGACCCUUUGCAAUUGACCUGGUAUAAUAGGUUAAUCUCUCUCUGGCCCUGCACUCAUCCUGGAAUAUCUGGAUAAGAAGGAUACCUAUGUCGGGCUCCUACCUAUUCACAACACCAUAAUUCCAAAAAAAAGCUCAAAUCUAACCUCUGAGACCUAGGUCUUGGCUACCCUCCCCCACACCGGCUAUAACUAGAUCCCAACUUUCUGACCGGUAGAUCACAAUACGUAAGAUUGUGACAAUAUCUCCUCACUGAUGGCCUGCAAGGCUCCGUACCUAGCCCCCCACUAUAUACACUUAUAUACUUACGACUGUGGGGCCAAAUUCUGUCCCAAGCCAUUCACACGUUUGCUGACGACAGCACCAUUGUAGGGCAGAUCUCAAACAGCAAUGAAACAGAAUCCAGGAAAGGGAUUGAGUGCUUAUUGACAUGGUGCAAAGACAACAAUCUCCCCAUUAAUGUCAACAAAUCGAAGGAGCUGGUCAUUGAAUUCAGGAAGCAGAGUGGAGGGCACACCCACUGUCUGCAUCAGUGGUGCUGAGAUGGAAAUGAUCAAGAGCAUCACCUGGAAAUGAUUAUUGCCAACCAUCUGUCAUGGUACACCCCUGUCAACGCAGUGGUCAAGAAAGCACAAUAAUAUCUCUACUUCCUCAGGAGGGUAAGGAAAUUCGGCAUGUCCACAAAGACUGUUACCAAUUUUUAUGUAUGUGCCAUAGAAAGCAUUGUAUCUGGAUACAUCACAGCUUGGUAUGAUAAUUGCUAUUCCCAAGAUUGCAAGAAACUACAGAGUCAUGAACACAGCCCAGUCCAUCAUGCAAACCAGCCAUUCACCGACUGUAUCAAUACUUUCUGCUGACUUGGGAAAGUAGCCAACAUAAUCAAAGACCACUUUCACCGUGGUUAUAUUCUCCCAUCCUCUUCUGGCUGUGAGAAGAUAUAAAAGAUAUUUAUAUAUAUGUGCAAAUAGAUUUAAGAACAACUUCUUCCCUGCUGUUAUUCGACUACUGAAUGGACCUCUCAAAUUUUAAAUUUAACGUUGAUCUCGCUAUUGUGCAGCUUCUCUGCACUGGUAACAUUAUAUUCUUUUCACUGUUCUAUUGUUCUCUGCACUUUGUAUUGUCUGAUCUACC